AUGGCUCUCCCCGUCAUGGAGCCCUUUACAUUCGCGAGCUCCCGCUCCCUCAAGAUGGAGGUGAGCGUUAGGAUCGACUCGCUCGAAGGAACCCGCACCCCACUACCGUACACAACCCUGCUGGCCGAUCCGAGUCUAAAGCAUGUAGGCUCAAACGCUAGCAACUCCUCCGACCUCUACCUCACUGUGCAGUUGUUUGCAGACAGUAAACCUUUAACAGUACCCGUGCAGACGUCUUAUAAAGCUUUUAGAUCAAAUCGAACAUGGAUGGAGUGGCUCACGGUGCCGGUAAGGUACUGCAACUUACCGUUAUCCUCACAACUUGCGAUCACGGUAUGGGACCUUGCUGGUCCCGGAAAGGCGGUGCCAUUUGGGGGAACAACUGUGAGCAUGUUUGAGAAAGACAAUAAUCUCAAGAAAGGCCGCCAGAAGUGCAAGCUCUGGCCUGGUGUUGAAGCUGACGGUUUAAGCGACUCAACCACCCCAUCAACCGUUUCAUCGAACAGCGAAACGGACCGUCUUGAGAAACUCCUUAAGAAGCAUGAGCUGGGGGAGAUCCCCCGGCUUGACUGGCUGGAUAAUCUUGCGUUCCGGCAGAUCGAGCGUAUCAAUAAGCAGGCGUCUUCAGAGCGGAAGAAUGAUCAUUACCUGUUUAUUGAGUUUCCGCGAUUUGAUUUCCCGGUCGUGUAUAACGACUAUGACUACAAGACCGAAGCUGUAAUUGAGGGAGAUGUAACUGGUAAUAGUAUUUCUCCGACAGCUUCCUCUGCUCCAACAGCACCAAACCGAAAUACCCCCGUUCCUGGUGUUGAGGGCCCUGCGAAGAAAACUCUUGGAUUCACGAUGAGGGUUUAUGACCCUGAGAUGAAUCGUGAUAAUCCAGCUGAAAGCAAACAUCGCCGACUUGUUCGUUCACACCGCAAUGGCCCAUUAGAUCGUGAUUUGAAACCGAACGCCAAGAUAAGAGACGAACUAAACGAGAUCCUCAACUACUCCCCAACACAAGACUUAACCAGCGAGGAGAAAGAUCUGCUAUGGAAAUUCAGGUACUCACUAGCAAGGGAUAAGAGAGGCCUCACGAAAUUUCUUAAGAGUGUGUCUUGGAACGACGCGGCAGAGAGUAAGCAAGCAGUGCAACUACUACCAAAAUGGACAGAAAUCGACGUCGAUGAUGCCCUUGAGCUAUUGGGUCCAGGAUUCGACAAUAUGGCAGUUAGAGCUUACGCUGUCGACCGACUUCGCAAAGCAGACGAUGAGGAAUUGCAGUUAUAUCUUCUUCAGCUCGUUCAGGCGCUCAAGUUUGAACGUAUUAAGCCAUCGACAACUACUGAUGCAUCUCGCGAUAGUUCACUGGCGAACUUUUUAAUUUCCAGGGCAUGCAUGAAUAUCACACUGGGGAACUUCUUCUAUUGGUACUUAAUGGUCGAAACGGAGGAUACGAACCAAGAAUAUAAGCGGUUAUUUAGUAAGGUGGCUUGGGAGUUUCAGGUUGCAUUGGGCAAGAUGGAAGAUGGUGAUAAGAGAAGGGCGGUCAUCAAGCGACAGGCAGACUUUGUAUUUAUGAUCGGGGAGAUCUCUAAAGAGAUUCAAGGGCUACGGGAGAGUAGGCCGAAGAAAAUCGAGAGGCUAAGGCAAGUCCUAGCAGAUCCGAAGAAUGAGUUGGUUAGUUUUGAGGCGGUCCCAUUACCGUUGGACCCUGGGGUUAAUGUAGUUGGGUGCUUCCCUGAGGCUUCAAAUGUUUUCAAAUCGUCCCUCUUCCCUCUUCUCAUUCACCUUAAAACAGAUACUGGAGCACGGUAUCCAAUCAUCUUUAAAACCGGCGAUGAUCUCCGUCAAGAUCAACUCGUAAUACAGAUUAUAACAUUAAUGGACAAGCUCCUACGCAAGGAGAACCUUGACCUUAAGCUUACGCCAUACCACAUUCUUGCUACGUCGGCAUAUACUGGUGUCGUACAGUUUAUCGACUCUCAUUCGCUCGAAAGCAUCGAGGAGGGUAAACACGCCCCCGCCGCUGGAGUCCUUCCAUACCUCCGGAACAACUAUCCAGACGAGACUACAGAUACUGGAGUGAAAGCAGAGGUUAUGGACACAUACGUCAAAUCCUGCGCCGGCUACUGCGUAAUAACCUACCUCCUCGGUGUUGGUGACCGACAUCUCGACAACCUCUUACUCACACCCGAUGGCCACUUUUUCCACGUGGACUUUGGCUUCAUACUUGGCCGAGACCCUAAGCCAUUCGCGCCAGCAAUGAAACUGUGCAAGGAGAUGGUCGAUGGCAUGGGAGGGGCGAACUCAGUAAACUACGCAAACUUCAAGAGUUACUGCUACACCGCAUACACAACUCUGCGCAAGUCCGCAAACCUAAUUUUGAACUUAUUCGCGCUCAUGGUAGACGCCAACAUCCCAGACAUCAGGCUGGAGCCCGAUAAGGCCGUGCUAAAGGUGAAAGAGAGGUUCAAUCUCGAGAUGAGCGAGGAGGAGGCGGUCAAGUUCUUCCGAAAUCUAAUCGAAGAGAGCGUCACUAGUGUAUUCCCAGUGUUGAUGGAUCGGAUGCAUGGUUUUGCGCAGAGAUGGAGGAAAUAG